UAGUUCCCAGCGUCGAAUGAGUGCGCUUGCCUGGAGAGGCGGGACUGUGACCCGGUUUGACGUAAAACUAGCAAAACUGUCUGUAUCGCUUCAGACUGGGGGAAGUUCAAGUCUCCCGUAGAAGCCACGAUGUCCGACUGCAGGAGGCAGUGGAACCGGGAGGAUGAGCUCCCGGUGUACCUGGCGGGACCAAUCACCACCGGGCCAAACCAGAGGAAAACCUACGGGAUGUUCAGCUCCGUGGAGGGGGCGUUUGAGAGCAAGACCAUCGAUUUCGAUAACUACGCUGUGGGGAGGAAAGGGAGCCGCACGCCGAGAAGUGGGAGUCGGGAGAGGGUCUUGGACACUGUUGACCCCAUGGAGAGGGCGCCCGGAGAGGCCCGAGGGGGGUCACAGACCAAUUCGCCCGAGGAGACAGACGAUGCGCGGGCUGGUAUUGAGAUCAGAUUUUCUUCGGAAGAAGAAGGCCCAAAUGGAAAGAAUGAAAAACUGCUGAUCAAAGGAGGGAGAGUGGUCAAUGAUGACCAGUCUUUCUAUGCAGACGUCUACAUUGAGGAUGGGCUCAUCAAGCAGGUGGGGGAGAAUCUGGUUGUGCCGGGGGGUGUCAAGGUGAUUGAAGCCAAUGGCCGCAUGGUAAUACCAGGGGGGAUAGAUGUCAACACAUGCCUGAUGAAGCCCUACCUGGGCACAGAGCCUGCUGAUGAUUUCCUUCAGGGAACUAAGGCUGCCCUUGCUGGGGGAACCACCAUGAUUAUUGAUCAUGUGACCCCUCAUCCUGGGGACAGCCUGCUGGAGGCAUUUGAGCGCUGGCAGGAGGCUGCAGAUAAAAAGGCAUGUUGCGAUUACUCUCUGCACGUUGACAUCCCCCAGUGGAAUGAGAGUGUUAAAGAUGAGCUGGAGCUGCUGGUGCAGGAUAAAGGUAUUAACUCCUUUCAAGUCUACAUGGCUUACAAGGAUGUGUACCAGAUGACAGAUUCUCAGAUGUAUGAAGCGUUCUCCUUCUUGAAGCAGCUGGGUGCGGUGGUGUUAGUUCAUGCUGAAAAUGGAGACUUGAUCGCUCAGGAGCAGAGAAAAAUCCUUGGAAUGGGCAUCACUGGUCCUGAAGGCCAUCCUCUGAGUCGUCCCGAAGAGUUGGAGGCUGAGGCGGUGUUUCGUGCCAUCGUUCUUGGCAACCGUGUGAACUGUCCUGUCUACAUCACAAAAGUGAUGAGCAAAAGUGCAGCUGACACCAUCACUCAGGCUCGGAGGAAAGGUUCUGUGGUAUUUGGGGAGCCAAUUACAGCUAGCUUGGCAACUGACGGCUCUCAUUAUUGGAGCAAAAACUGGGCCAAAGCAGCUGCUUAUGUGACCUCUCCACCUUUGAGUCCUGACCCCACAACCCCAGACCAUCUCCACACACUGCUGGCUUGUGGGGACCUUCAGGUGGUGGGCAGCGCUCAUUGUGCAUACAGCACUUCCCAGAAAGCAGUUGGCAAAGACGACUUCACCUUAAUCCCCGAGGGAACCAAUGGAGUAGAGGAGAGGAUGGGCUUUGUCUGGGACAAAGCUGUGGCCAUGGGGAAGAUGGAUGAGAACCAGUUUGUGGCUGUCACGUCAACCAAUGCAGCUAAAAUCUUUAAUCUUUACCCACGUAAGGGUCGCAUAGCCGUGGGCUCCGAUGCUGACAUUGUCAUCUGGGACCCUGACAGCAUCAAAACCAUCACUGCCAAACUCCAGCAGUCGGCUGUAGAAUACAACAUCUUUGAGGGUCUGGAGUGCCGCGGUGGGCCAGCACUGGUGCUGAGUCAUGGUCAGAUAGUUUGUGAAGGGGGCAAACUGCAGGCUCAGCAGGGUACUGGUCGAUUCAUUCCACGCAAGCCCUUCCCAGACUACGCUUACCAACGCGUUAAGUUCAGAAAUCAGGUGAAGAAGCUGCAGUGUGUCACUCGUGGCAUUUAUGAUGGCCCUGUGUAUGAUGUUGCUCCCACUCCCAAAUACAUCACUCCUGCUCCGUCAGCUAAAACUUCCCCCACAUCUCACCAACCACCACCAGUUCGCAAUCUUCAUCAAUCCAACUUCAGCCUUUCAGGUGCUCAGAUUGACGACAACGUCCCUCGCAGAUCUGGCCACCGCAUUGUAGCACCCCCUGGUGGUCGCUCCAACAUCACCAGCCUUGGCUAAACACUUGACUGUGCACAGUGUGGCUGGGGUAGUUGGGACGGGGUCUUGAGUGUAUGCCUAAGUGUAUGUGUAUGACUGAGUGUGUGAGCACACUGGCGUGAAUGAAUGCCCAUUUUUUUUGUACAAUAGUGAUGCACUCUUUGAUGACCACUAUAAUUUUAUGAGCUUGACAUGGUCAUUUGCAAUAUGCAUAUGAAUACUUCCAAAAACAGUGUGACUCACAGUCAACUAUUUAAAUCUAGAAGAAGCUAAUGUUAACACACACACACACACACACACACACACACAAACAAAUCCGGCCUCAAUCCACUCAAACACAACCUUAGUAGGGUUUUUUUUUUAUGUAUGUUUUUCUUUCCAUCCUCUCUUGAGCAUGACUUCCUACUUGUUCUUACUCACCUUCCACUCCUUAAUGUAUGGGUCUGCUCAGAUAUGGUGCUCCUUUUCCACCAUCUGGUGGACAGCUGAAGAAAUAUCAGUUUUUUUUCCUGCAUCUGAUUUUAACUCUUUAGCAUUUUCCUGUAUAUUUUGAUGUCACUCCAAUGGCUUAGUUAUACGUACUGCAUGGACAACACUUUACACAUUGCACUACUCGUGUAUAAUUGUAGAAAUGAUGGGGCACUUAAAAUAGUAAUCAAAGCACAUCUGCAUUCAACAGCACAAACAUAUUAUACUGGUGAAUGUAUGCUUUGAAAAUUUUAUGGAAUUUACUUUGGAUGCAAACAGCUGUCCUGUUCAAAACAUGAAUUCAUCUAUAAGAUGUUACUGUAUCUGCAAUAAAAGCAAUGCGAGUCUCCUCCAUCAGACACUAUAUGCAAUGUCAAUGCUCUUCUGUGAGGUGUGAAAGUAGAUCAGUAGCUAAGCGGAAACAACAGUUGAAUUACAUGAUGUGCUUACAGCAAAGACUUCACCGUGUGCGUCAUCGUUUUCUGCCAAUUGCUCUUUCGCUUCUUAUAAUGAUAUUCUGAAUUUACUGCUGUAAAAGGGCUUUGUCUCCUACCACCGCUCUUCAAAACUUCAUUGACAAUCUUUUUAAUAAUUGUUUUAUUCAUUUCAUUAUUUCCAGGUGUUUUCUUCAGUAUGUUAUAUUUGGUGUUUCUGUGCCGCUCUGCUUUUCUUGUUGUUGUUUGAUGUCUCCAAUGGAACCACUAAUUAUUAAUAAAGACUUGACUGUU